UAUAGCGUCAAAGAUGUAUUUGAAUUCGUAGACAAAAUAAAAGAUAUUAGUAUCAAGGACAAAACCAUGAUAUUUCUGGACAUAACAUCGUUAUUCACAAAUGUACCUCUAACAGAAAGAGUUAAUUACAUAGGUGAACAAGUGGACAAGCUGUCGAUAAACAUUGGCAUACAUAGUGAGAUCCUAAAAAGAAUUGAUAUUAAGAUGUAGCAUGAAUUUAAAUUUCAAAUUUAACGGCAUGCUUUACAGACAAGUGGACGGGGUGGCAGUGGGCUCCCCAUAGGGUCCCAACCUGGCUGAUUUCUUUCUAAGUAAGCUAGAAAAUGGACCUCUGAACAAACUUAUCAGUAAGCACUCAUUUUAUUGCCGAUAUAUGGAUGAUACCUUUAUUCUUUGUGAUAAUGGUUCUGAUAGGAGUACAAUAAUUACUGAAUUCAAUGAAGUACAUUCGGCUAUGAAAUUCACAUGCGAAGAGGAAUCUCAAGACAGAAUUGCCUUCCUGGAUGUCCUACUUACAAGAAAACCAGAUGGUAGCAUAAAAAGAAAUUUGCAUAGCCAAAGCACUUGGACAGGAAAAUAUACACAUUUUCACAGCUUCGUUCCUAUCAAGUACAAAAGAAAUUUAGUGAAGACCCUCAGCCACAGAGUUAGAGCUAUAUGCUCAAAAGAAGUGAUUGAAGAUGAAUUAAGCAUUGUAUAUGAUACUUCGAUAGAAAAUGGCUAUCCCGAAAAACUUAUGAAGAAACACAUGACAAAGAAAACGGAAAAGGACUACUCACUACCUGUAAAAAAAGCCUCUUUAUAUACGACUAAAAUUCAUGGGCGAUAUACCAAACGAGAUAAUUUCGAAGAAAUUGAGAAAUUCAGUUCAAAGAACCUUAAAUGCUGCAAACUACACGUAUUAUUCUCUGUACGACCGAUGGAGAUAUCUUGACUGAAAGAUAAAGUACCUAGACUAGCCACUUCAAAUUGUAUCUACCAAUUCAAUUGCGCUUGUGGAGCCAGUUAUAUUGGCCGUUGCUCUACAAACUUGAUUUUUCGUGCCCGAGAACAUCUUACACUAUGGCUUAGUAAAAAUGUAGUGAAAGCUACCAUCAACAGUUCGAUAUUGGACCAUACGGUUCAGACCGGCCGGCCACAAAGCCAGCCAGCAUUGGAGAAUCCUUCUCUAUCAUCUACCGGGUUCCUAAUAAAUUGCCAAAAUCAUCGAAGCAC